GCUCACUCAGUCGCGUUUUCCAAUGUCGUCCAACUCUGGCGUCCUGUUUGAGGACAUUUUCGAAGUCAAGGACAUCAACCGCGAUGGCAAAAAGUUCGAUCGCGUCUCUCGGUUGGAGUGCCAGUCUGAGAACUACGACAUGGCGCUCGUCCUCGAUAUCAACUCGCAGAUUUACCAGUUGGAGUUGAGCGAAAAGUUCUCGCUCAUGCUCGCUUCCACACUCAAUGAGAACGGCGUGCCGGACGACGGCCACUUUAUUCGCAGCACAAAGAACACGCGUGCGGACAACUUUGAGUACGUUAUGCACGGAAAGAUCUACCGGUGCGACGAGGAGGACCGCGACAAGCUCGCCGUCUAUGUAUCUUUCGGCGGCUUGCUGAUGCGAAUCAAGGGCGAUGCGCGCAACCUCGACAAGCUGAAUUUGGACGACAACAUCUACCUUCUGAUUCGCCGAGUGUAAAAAAAAAAAAAAAAAACAGCUGCUGGAUUCGUAGUGGAUGUGUAUGUGUUGUUGUUUGUUGAUCGUGUGGUCGUUGUUUUCAGUGUGUAUGUCUGUAUGUGGUAUGGUUUUCGACAACAAGGAAGGUUUUUGUUUCGCUCUUUUCGUUUUGUAUUCAAACUUUGAUACAACACAAGAGACACUUGGUGCACAUGCGCGGCGGUAUGGCUUGGACUUGGGGGAUGGAGUGCGUGGAAAACUACGGCCGUUUGUGCAAAAACUAGCAAUGCAGUGGAAUCAACCCACCUGCAUGACUUCCUUGUAACAAUAAAUAAAAAGCUCCA